GGCGCGGCCUGUUAGAGCCGGCGUUGGAGGCUCUCGUGCAGGGAGUUCGAGCCAAACGUUUGGUUGGUUGGUUGGUUGGUCGAUGGGGGAAGACAACAACAAGCUAGACAUCAUGAGGGUCCCCGAAACACUGAUUUGGGUCGCUUUUCUCAUCCAGAAGGUGGUGGGAGAGUACGGCAUGGCCCAUUUCAGUGACAAGGGCAAGAGCAAAGGAAAGGAUUACUGCAUAUUCUUCAACUCCCAGUGGGCACGUUUACCUCAGGAUCUCAAUAAGGCAUCACGUCUCCAGAUCCAUGACUUGACAACAUCGGUCCUGUGCUCACCCUCUGAGGUCCCAGAGGGAGGCUUCCCGAACCGCAUCCCCAUGGUGAUGAGGGGGAACUGCACUUUCUAUGAAAAAGUUCGCCUGGCCCAGAUUAAUGGUGCCAAGGGCCUGCUCAUCGUCAGCAAGGACAGACUGACGCCACCAGCAGGAAACAAGACUCAGUAUGAAGAGAUUGACAUUCCUGUGGCACUGCUCAGCUACUCUGAUAUGUUGGAUAUAAGCAAGACCUUUGGUAAAGGACAGCUGGUUGCCAUGUACGCACCCAAUGAGCCAGUGUUAGACUAUAACAUGGUGAUCAUCUUCUUGAUGGCAGUAGGAACGGUGGCUAUUGGAGGCUACUGGGCCGGCAGCAGAGACAGCAAGAAACGGUACAUGAAGCACAAGCGGGACGACAGUGCCGAGAAACAAGAGGAGGAGACCGUAGACGUAACCCCGAUCAUGAUUUGUGUGUUCGUCGUCAUGUGCUGCAACAUGCUGGUGCUACUCUACUUUUUCUACGACCACCUGGCCAUUUGGGUCAUCAGGAUCUUCUGUUUGGCCUCCUCUGUCGGCCUGUACAGCUGCCUGUGGCCGUUCGUCAGGAGACUUCCUUUCUGCAAGUGCAGGAUCCCGGAGAACAACCUGCCGUACCUGCACAAGCGGCCGCAGAUCCGCAUGCUGCUGCUGUCGGCCCUCUGCAUUGGUGUCAGCAUCAUCUGGAUGGUGUUUCGCAACGAAGACCAGUGGGCGUGGGUGUUACAGGACGCCCUGGGGAUCGCCUUCUGUCUCUACAUGCUCAAAACAGUCAGGCUGCCCACAUUUAAGGCUUGCACUUUAUUAAUGACCGUCCUUUUCGUCUAUGAUGUUUUCUUCGUAUUUAUUACACCUUCCUUCACAAAGAGUGGGCAAAGUAUAAUGGUGGAGGUAGCAGCUGGUCCCUCUGACUCCUCCACACAUGAAAAGCUUCCCAUGGUGCUUAAAGUGCCACGGUUAAACUCCUCCCCCCUGGCUCUUUGUGACCGCCCCUUCUCCCUGCUUGGCUUCGGAGAUAUCUUAGUACCAGGUCUGCUGGUUGUGUACUGUCACAGAUUUGACAUUUUAACACAAUCCUACAGGAUCUACUUCAUGGCCUGUACAGUCGCUUACGGCAUCGGCCUGCUGAUCACCUUCGUGGCGCUGGCCGUGAUGCAGAUGGGUCAGCCGGCGUUACUCUACCUGGUGCCUUGCACUCUGCUCACCAGCCUCAGUAUUGCGCUAUGGCGCAGGGAGUUGCCCCAGUUCUGGACUGGAAGUGGAUUUGUGCCUGCCAUAGUGCUCGCACCGAUCAACUGCACACAAACCGCCGCGCCGCCGACCAAGGAGGCCUCAGCUAAACCAGAGUCACCAACCGCAGAGGAGCAAGCCAGUCAGAGUGAAGACUCCCCCCAGGACCCGCCUCAGAAAACUCCCCCGGUGGAGAGCAAUGAAGAGGGAAAAAACCCCAACUGAAAUAACGUCUAGUACGGCACUUUUCCAUUUCACCGUGUUUACUUUGUUCAUUUUCUUUCUACAGUGUGUCCGAGUCAGUGGACAUUUCACAUACUCAUGCUUGUUUGCACUCGGUGCCAAGUACGAAUCUGUGUUUUCUGAAUGUCGGGCUCAGCCGGGCACAGACAAACAGAAGCAGUCCCAUCACCACCUCCUACUAACAUACAAUUUGCACCACCCGAAAGGGGAGUGAAAAGUCAAUCUACACUACUCCAUUGAGAAAACAAUAAAUAUUUCCACUCCUCUCAGCUCUGUGCCCACCUAAAGACCCCGUCACGGCAGCAAAUAACAGUGCAAUGUAUAACUUGACCAGUAACACCAGAGCUAAAUGGCAGAUUAAAAAAAAUACCCCUCCUGA